CGUGGAGUCUGAGACUGUCCACCACACAAGUGCUCAUAGCACCUUUACUACUAAGCCCCUCCGUAUUUUUGCUGGUUCAGGUACACCAGGUCAUCCCAAAAGUACCAGUGUUCGGGUGGACCACGUCCAUCACAUAUUCUUUGCUUAUUCUCGCUUUUCUUCUCUUUCUUUUGCCUCGCCCAAACGCAAGCUAAUUUACUUCGGUUCGGUCAACCAUCGCACAACGAAACAGCCUGACUCGGUCUCAAGCUUCUUUUUUUGAAGAAAAAAAACAAACACAAGGUCUGGUAGUCUUACCCUGGGUAUCUCCUUAUUUCUGGUCUACCGCACGCAAAAGACGGGCUCACCAUCCGUUAAUCGACUCCACCUCACCGAACGGUAAUCUCUAAUUCAACACGAAAAUUAGCCCUAUAAUGUCUUUAUCUACCUCCGACAACAAUGGCUCCUAUUCGAGAGUUCCUUCGGGUAAAACACCUCCCCCAGCACCAGUCUGCUGCCUUUGCAAAGAGGCAGAGGAGCGCUUAGGGAGAUAUCGACCCCCUGCGCUGCGCGCUCUUGCCCCUUCUGGCUCCCCGCCCAAUGAUAUCACUUCAACCGUGAAUUCCCCUGGGGAUGCCACUGGCAUGUCCCCAUCCAACUAUCCAGCUGGUUUCAGGAGAGCCAGAGCUGGGACUCUGCCUUCCGACGUUCACCUCGCUGCUCAGCGAUUCGCUGCCUCCUCAAACACCCUGAGCAGUACCACUGCAUCCACGGAGUCCUUUGCAGAACAACUACAGCAGCGGCAGAGCGCCAAUACGCCCCCGAGUGUUGUCGCACCCACACGCCCCGGACUUCGCCACGCGGUUACCUGCGUCGCCCCAGCGGCUGCUGUUAGUCCUCCUGUCGGUACUUCUGAGCGUAUCAGUCGACUCCGGUCUGGUUCGUUGAAUUUGCCAUCGGCUGGCCUUUCCAACGCGUUCGGCCCUUCUAUAUUCUCGUCGUCUUGGUUAUCUGCAAAUGGCACUGGUUCCUCUUUUCCUGUUCUGGAUGAACUUCGUUCUGUCACAUCCGCGGACUCGGCCGAUGACUUCGAUGUCCACACGCUUGAUUAUCUCGGUUUGGAUGACAGUCACCGCUCACAACCGGCGCCCGCAUCCCUGUCCGAGCUACGCACUCAGACGCAGGCUGCGAUCGCUGGUAACUUGACAAGCCACUCCCGCCUGCGGGCGAGCACGGUUUCGAACCCGUACCGUGCCCGCUCCUCUGGUGCAACCUCCCUGUUGUCGACCCCUAGCGCCGAUGAUGAAGAGGAGUACCUGAACAGUUAUGAGUCUCAGCAGUUGUAUGAACGUCAGCGACUGACGUCUUACGAUGGUCCUAUUCCCGAAGCUAGCCUCUUGCACAGUUCCUAUGUUGCCAAAGGGUUCAAACAAUCGGACCACCUCUCACCGUCCAGCGUUCUUAACGCCAGACCACGGGCCAUAUCUGUGGGUACCCUUGAUGAUCCCAUCCGCUCUCUUCAACGUCGUGCGACGAACGAGAUUCAACCUCCUUACCUUGGUGAUAUCGGCCCCCCAUCCAGUGGACUCAAUACCAUCGCAAAUCCUGCUGGCAUUCUCAAGUCUGAUGUCAAGCUUGGUUCUCGGGCUACGCCUCCAUCUAAUGUUCACUUCCCUACUAACGAGCUCAGCAAUCGCGCAGCUGUGUACUUAGUUGCUCCUAACUCGCAGGGGCGGUCGGUCUCUCCAAAAGCGGAAGCGAGCAACAAUUCGCAGAUCCAAACCCCGACUAGAUCUCUAUGGAUUGGCAAUCUGGAUAGUUCUGUCACAAGUGAGCAACUUAUCCAUGUCUUCGCUCCCUACGGUGCCAUCGAGAGCUUGCGGUUAUUACCCGAGAAGGAAUGUGGCUUUGUCAAUUUUGUUGACCAGGCGGAUGCCAUCCGCGCGAAGGACGACGUCCUGAACAGGCUUGGAGGCAACAUCGGCAUGCCGAACGGUCAGACCGUUCGUAUCGGAUUUGGAAAGGCGGAUAGUGCACCCGUUGCUCCAGCCAAGGGAACUACCGUAACCAGCUCUGGAGCGACCUCCCCUAACAAUAUGAGCAAGAGCGGUAGCCCAGGGAUGAGUGGACUAGAUGCUCAGUUGCAGUCUACGCCGACUCGCGCGCUUUGGAUUGGGUCGAUUCCGAGCACUACAACUCCUGCAACUAUUUUGAGCGUUUUCAGUCCUUACGGUCCGAUUGAGUCUGCCAGGGUCUUGACUCAUAAAAACUGCGGGUUCAUCAACUUUGAGCGAUUGGACGAUGCUGUGAGGGCUAGGAAGGCGCUGAACGGUCGUGAUGUUCUCGGAAGCGAUGUUGGCGCGAUCCGCAUUGGCUUUGCGAAGGUCCCUGUCAAGAAUAGUCAAGAAGGAAGCGGCACGCAGGAUGAGAGUCCAAGUAUUGCGGUUCAAGGAAUUGGUGACCUGAGCGUCGGCGCAACCAUCCACGCUCUCCGCAGCGUCAAGGGCGCAUCCACAGUUCCCGCUGAUCAGCAAGUCCUUGGUGGACAGGUGGAGAAUUACCGCUCGAACCUCUUACUUAGCAUGAUUGGAUCGGGCAUGCACAACCUAGCCUAUGUUUCAGAUGGGCUUUCCAAGCCAGCUGGGUGGACACCUUCGGUGACAGAACAGCAGAUGAUUAUGAGGGAACUUACGAAAGGAUGUGCGGAUGCCGAGGCCGAUAUCCAGUCACUUUCAGGGCAGAACAGCAGGCGCUGGGACGCGUCCAAGCUGCGAGAACUUCGUAAGAGACUGGACUCUAGUACGAUGUCGGUGGAAGAGAUCGAUCAGGUUGUUGGUGACUUCUUGGAUGGAGAAAUAGUUGACUUGGCGUCUGACUGGUUGGGUAACACGGUUGUGCAAAAACUCUUUGAGCGAUGUUCGUCUGCGCCGAGGUUUGCAAUGUUAGACAGAAUCACCCCUCAUCUGGCGAUGAUUGGAAUACACAAGAAUGGGACGUGGGCUGCACAAAAGAUAAUUGAAUGUGUGCAAACACCCGAGGAAAUAGCACUGGUCGUCCAAAAUUUGCGGCCUUACGCACCUCCCCUCCUUCUCGAUCAAUUUGGCAAUUAUGUCGUGCAGUGUUGCCUACGCUUUGGUAUGCCUGCAAACGACUUCAUCUUUGAUGCGAUGGGGCGUUUCGGCGCUCGGAGUAUGAGGGCUUGCUUGGAGAGCCCUCACAUCACUAUCAGUCAACAGCGCCGCAUUGCUACUGCUUCUACCAACCCGAAUGGCGCGUUGCUGCUCACCUGGCUCUUGGACACCUCCUCUUUCCCGUCAAGAUACAAUCUUCUUGCGCCACGUUUCACCCCUCAUCUCUCACACCUAUGCACGCACAAGUUGGCUUCCCUCACAGUUCUUAGGAUUGUGAACCAGAAGAUAGAACCGGAGGCCUCACGGCAGAUCGUGCAGGCGUUAUUUUCGUCUCCAGGAGAUCACGUUCUUACGGAUGUGUUGGGCGAUCAAGUUAAUGGAGUCGCCGUUGUCCACAAGAUUCUGACGAGCCCAUUCCUUGACUCGGAGGAGAAACCGAAAUAUAUUGAUGCUACAAAACGGGUCCUGAUCGAGCUCAAGGUCAUAGCUACACAAGCCUACCGUCGUUUAAUCGAAGAAGUUGGUCUCCCAAUUCCCAGCUACCAGCCCACGUACACCGCCAAUGGGCCGCCUGGGAAGAAGGUACCCUCUCAGCACGCACAGAAUUUGCCCGGCUUUCCUUCUGGCUAUCCGAACAACGACCAAGGUCUGGCAUCGAUGAUGGCUGCGUUGCAAAUGGGUGGUCAGAACCCGCAUUCUGGACCUCCUCAGCUUCAAAUUGACCCUGCAUACGGUCCAAGCAAUUCGGUAUUACGCAACCGGCCGUCCAAUCCGCCAUCUGCGUUCUCGCCCUCCACGGACGCUUUCAAUCCAUUUGCCCUGCGAUCUCCCGACGUCAAUGCUCCUCGCUCAGCGAUCCGCCGUAACCAGGUGCCGUUAAUGCCGUCGGGUACUCCUACCGUUUCGUACAACGCUCAGCCUCCCAACCUCCCGCAGACUGGGAGCCCUCUUGGGAUGGGGCAAGCUCCAUAUAGUCCCCAGGGCGUUCCGCCACAUUACCAGCCGUAUACCAUGUACCAGGUAUACCAACAAACGCCGUCGGCGAACAUGGGUACCUUCAGUUAAAAUAAUCUAGCUAACGACCAUGACCACGACACUGCCAUCAAACGUCUUGCUUGUCUUUGUAUGUAUCGCCGUCUCCAUCAUGCUAUGGUCCAGGUUCUUAACACAGACACUCAUAUCCGCUCCUUUCUCUGAUACCAUCUUCGAUCGCAUUAACACUCGUGCAAAUUACAGUUCCUUUUUGCCCUUGUUCAUUUCUUUACUUGGUGACCUACGCAGAAAUUCACGGCGGUUUUGGCUUGUGCUGGAUUGUUUUCUAUUUUCUCCUCCAAUUUUUUUUUUCUUCUCUAACUCAAUCUACCCCGUCCUUCUAGCGAAUUGUGUAUAAAUAAGCAACGGAGGCUGUAAAACACAUAGCCAGACAUCUAUAGACGAUACGAAUUGACUUUCCCAGUCUU